AUGCCAUACAUCAUUUCUGUGCUAGGCUUAUUUUAUCUUGUUCAAAAAACUCUCGGUGCAUUUAGCGGAGCUGCUCGGAUCUAUGAAACCAACGAGACUAUCCCCGUUUACUUUAACAAAGUCUUUUCGAAUAAUGGGAAUAUGCCAUUUGCUUAUGACGAACUCCCAUUUGUGUGUUCACCAGCUGAGUUGUCGCGCCAAUUACUUAAUAUUGAUCAAAUAUUGCAUGGCGACCGGGUUGUUAAAUCAGAUAUCGAGGUUCAAGGAUUGAUUCAAAAACCUUGUAAAUUGUUAUGCUCUAAGCCAGUUCAUCAAGUAGAUAUAACUACUAUACGCCAAAUGAUUCAGGAAAACUACCUUGUAGAAUGGAUUAUCGACGAUUUACCCGGUGCUACUGUAAAGGUUGAUAUUGGAUCUGCAGUUUCAAAAAAAAGUUACAAGCCAGGGUUUCCUCUUGGCUCUUACAAUGAAAAGGCAAGUCAACAUUAG